GUGGAUGGUGACAGUUCCUCAAUUUGUUAAAGAAAAAAUCUAAAUUAAAGACAACAGAAAACCAUUAAAUAACUAAGAGAGGAACUGAUAAAAUCAUCACAGUAAAUAAAGAUGACAAGAAACAGAAUCAGUAAAUUGAAAUGUUCAUAAACAUGCUGCAAUACCUAAGCAGCACCUGAAUAAUUUGUUAAUAUAACCUCUAUAUAAAAUUGUAUAACUAUAAAUAAUUGAAUUUACAUACAUGAUACAUGCAAAAUCACAUUAUACUUUGAACAUUUAGAGGACUUUGAAUGGACAUUUUUAAUAUACACUAUUUUCACAUAUAUGCUGACUUUUGAACCUAACCCUAAAGAUGUGCCUUCUUCCUAAUAUGAUUCAUUUCUUUUCUAAGAGAAAUAUAAAGGUAUGUGAGAGUUAUGCAUCUCUGAAAGAGGCACAGAAGAAGAAAUAGAAGAACAUACACCACAAUUAAUGUAAAAAUUAGACACAUAAAGCCCAAGAAACUUUGAUGAAACAAGAUUAGGAAAGGCAGCAUUGCUUUCUAGUCUUAGGAAACUGAGUAAAAUGAGUGGCCAACAAAAUCCACAAAAUCCACAUGUCUAUCUCAAAGAAAAAUUUUUCUCCUAUCAUUUCAGUCCUGAUUCUACAGAUGGCACUAAUAACUUUUAUCAUUCUGCUAUUUAAAAGAGAAAUUUCUUCCAAUAAUACAUUAUGUCUAAAUGCAUAAUUCAUAUAACCAAGAGGCCAAUUAUUUUCAACAGAAUGGUAUCUUCUGAAAAGUAUGUUAAAAAGAAUAUAUUCUAUAAAUUUUAAUUCAGCACCUUAGAGAUUAACUUCAUAGUCAUUUAAGUCCACUUUUCCAUUAAUAGUAGGAAAAUAUUUCCAUAAUUGACCAUUAGGAAGUGAUGAUGUAGCUCAAUUGAGGAAAGAAUCUGACUCAUCCAUCUCUGGCCUGUGCACCAAUUCUUAAAAACUAGCACUGAUUAUUCCUUAGUAGUAACAUUGGUAAGGAUACAUGCUUAUUUUAAAACUACUUUUUCUCUUGCUUAGGAGAAAAAUAAUUCAGAGAACUGAGGGGGAAACUAGAUGUCUAGAAACUUGAGUUCUACAUAUAUUAAAGUUGACAUACGUCAUAAUCUAACAUCAAAGUUGACAUACGUCAUAAUCUAACAUCAAUCUAACAUCAUAUGGAUGACUCGAUAUCUUACCUCAAUUCUCAUGUUAAGUGGAGAUACCACCUAGCUUUCCAUCUCAAAAGCAAUGUACUCAAAAGUAAUCCCAGAACUUUUGGAAGCCAAGGUAGGGGGACUGGUUGAGGCCAGAAGUUCGAGACCAGCCUGGGCAACAUAAGGAAACCCUAUUUCUAUAAUAAAUAAAAAAAAAUUAGCCAGGCAUGGUGGCACGUGCUUAUGGUCCCAGCUAUUCAGGAGGCUAAGGUGAGAGGAUGGCUUGACCCAAGAGAUAGGAGCUACAGUGAGCCAUGAUCGUGCCACUGCACUCCACCCUGGGUGACACAGUGAAACCGAGUCUCAAAAAAAUAAAUAAAUAAAAUAAAAUUUUUAAGGCAGUAAAAAAAAUAGCAAAAAAAUCUGGAGUUAUAGGGUUUGGUUCCAAUGUGACCUAGGCAAAAGCUACAUUUCUAGGCUUCAGUUUUUACUGAAAAAUAAGUCGGGAGGGCUACAAGAUUUCCAAAAUUCCUCCUGCUAAGACUUAACAGAAAGUAGUUCCAAAGAAGAUCAAUUUUUGAUGUUUAAUACAUAGGAGGCACUCAAAAAUUACUUUUAGUCUGGAAAAUCAACGGUAACAAAAUUUCCAUGUCAAAAAACCCUCAGAUUUAUAGAAAACAUACUACCACAGUUAAAUGUUCUGAUUAUAUUUACAUCCUGGGACAGCAAUUAUCAUUUAUCCCUAUUAAAAAGCAACUGACAUGCAAAUACAUGUACUGGAAUACCGUUAACAACACAUUGAUCUGAAAAUAUUCUAUAAUAUAUUCUCAGCAUUUCCCAAAAUGUAUUUCUACAACAUUUAGUUCCACUAUCAAAUAGGUUUGGGAUAAGAAGUGCUUCCAAUCUAAUUAUACUCUUCCUUUAAGUAGAAAUUAUUAGUGUUCUAUACAUUCUUCGCAAAGUACAUUAUUAUAUUACAUAGAAGAUAUCCCAAAUUUAUUUGGAUCACAAAACCCUUUUUGGGAAAUAUCUAUCAAUAUCUCAUAGUGUUUCAACUGCUCAAAGUACACUUAUUUAGUAGUAAACACAGGCACCAUUAUCAAAUUAAAACAUUGAUCAAAUUUUAUUAUUAUAAAUUAUUAAAAAUGUAAUUGAGAUUUUAAAAAUACUGAAAUGAUCAAUAACUAGAGUAACAAAGGCUAAAAAUUGAAAGCUCCAAUAAUCUACCAAGCAUUAAAAUUUUCUGUGAAGCUGUUAGAUGUGUUUUUAUAUUUGAGACUAAGAAAUAUAUAGUCAGUCACACAAAAGAAAUGGGGUGGAAAAAAUACUUAGCUUCUCUCAGGUGCCACAGGUAAAAUGAAACUCAGGCAAAUGAAUAUAAGAAUAUGUUCAAAUCAGAGAACAGAAGAAGGCUUGCCCACUAGCUAUCAAAAUUUUUCAAACAUAUUUCUUUUAACAUAUAGGACCAAUUAAGUGAGGAAAAUAAAUGGACACUUCCCUUGAAAAACAAGAUGCCAUUCAGAAUACCAGAUAAUUCCAGAACUAACAUUCAUUAAGCUAAAGGACUUAAAAAUAUUCUAGUAGCAGAACUUUGUACAUGAAAGUUUAAUUUUCAGAUUCAGUUGAAAGAAGAAUCACCAUCUAAGGAAAACUGAAGAACUGAUGAGCACUCUAAAACUAAACCCUAACUUUAGUUAUUAGUCUUUAGGCAUUAGUCUCUAGUCUCAUGCUUAAUUCUUAAUUGCAGACUUACUAGUUUCAUUCUUAAUGCUUUUUAAUGCACAAGACUUCAUAACUAAAAACUGAUAUAAUCAAAUUCAUAUGUUAAAUUGUGAUUUUGUUUAAUAAAAAAAAUUUAUCCAAAAGAGCCUCUGUAAAUGAACUAUUUUUGGCUUUCGGAAAACUACAUCAGCCCAUACUUUAUCCCUUAAAGUUAUCUUAAUUCUGACAAAACUGGACUGACCUGUAGCUCUUAGGAUUUCUAAUUUGAAAGAUGGUAUGGUCCCCUCUUUUCCUCUUAAAAAUAUCUGAAAACAACUAGGAGAGGAGAGUGAGAAACAGAAACACAAACUACUUCUUCAACAAACUAAGACAUAUCCCUAACCAUAAUAUAUGAGAAGGUCUACUAAAUACAGUGAAAGUAAAGAGGGAUGCUAGAAGAGCUCAAGCCAGGGAAAUGGCUUGCAUCUUCACAUCUUAAAACUAUUAGUUCAGUUCUGUAAAUUACAUGACAGUCAGAAAAGCAAACCCAACAGUCCCUUGCUUGAAACAUUUGAAGCUUUCACAGACCUCAUUUGGCAUCACUGAAACACAGAGUCAGGAUUGGACCAAAAAAAAAAAAGCAGCUUUCCCAAGCGGCAGCCAAAGAUGGCAGAGGUACAGGUCCUGGUGCUUGAUGGUCGAGGCCAUCUCCUGGGCCGCCUGGCGACCAUCGUGGCUAAACAGGUACUGCUGGGCCGGAAGGUGGUGGUCGUACGCUGCGAAGGCAUCAACAUUUCUGGCAAUUUCUACAGAAACAAGUUGAAGUACUUGGCUUUCCUCCGCAAGCGGAUGAACACCAACCCUUUCCGAGGCCCCUACCAUUUCCGGGCUCCCAGCCCCAUCUUCUGGCGGACUGUGCGAAGUAUGCUGCCCCACAAGACCAAGCGAGGCCAGGCCGCUCUGGACCGCCUCAAGGUGUUUGACUGCAUCCCACCGCCUUACGACAAGAAAAAGCGGAUGGUGGUUCCUGCUGCCCUCAAGGUUGUGCGUCUGAAGCCUACAAGAAAGUUUGCCUAUCUGGGGCACCUGGCUCACGAGGUUGGCUGGAAGUACCAGGCAGUGACAGCCACCCUGGAGGAGAAGAGGAAAGAGAAAGCCAAAAUCCACUACCGGAAGAAGAAACAGCUCAUGAGCCUACGGAAACAGGCCAAGAGGAACAUGGAGAAGAAAACUGACAAAUACACAGAGGUCCUCAAGACCCACGGACUCCUGGUCUGAGCCCAAUAAAGACUGUUAACUCCUUAAAAAAAAAAAAAAAAAAAAGGAAAAGAAAAGGACAUGCCCUUUCCUAAGAAAAGCUGAUGCAGACUAAUCAAGAUAAAUACUGCAAUAGUAAAAUUACUGUUUCUCAAAGAUUUAAAAAGAGAAUCCUUUAAGAAUCUACGCAAAAAACAUUACUAUCUUAACAUGUGAAGGAGGAGGGAAUCAAUGUUUAAAAAUCAGCGAAGCAGGCUGGGUGCGGUGGCUCACGCCUGUAAUACCAGCACUUUGGGAGGCCGAGGCAGGCGGAUCACCUGAGUUCAGGAGUUUGAGACCAGCCUGGCCACAUGGUGAAACCCCGUCUCAACUAAAAAAAAAAAUACAAAAAUUAGCCGGGCAGGGUGGAGGGCGCCUGUAAUCCCAGCUACUCAGGAGGUUGAGGCUGGAAAAUCACUUGAACCCAGGAGGCGGAGGUUGCAGUGAGCCAAGAUCGCGCCAUUGCACUCCAGCCUGGGCGACAAUAGCGAAACUCCGACUCAAAAAAAAAAAAAAAAAA